AUGGGUAGGAAGGAGCUAGCUUAGCAGUUAGCACGAUGCGUCGCCGCCACAUUGCUGUCCCGGCCGCCGCCGCCGCCGUCUCCAUUCUGGCCGCCCCCAUGCUCCUCCUCCUCCUCCACGCCGUCGCCGGCGGCGGGGUGGACGUCGGCAGCAGCAGCAGGUACGCGUCGGCCGCAGGAGGCGGCGCGAGCUGGCGGUGGUGGGGGCACGGGCACGCCACCGCCGUGCUCCCGCCGACGCCGCUGCAGCAGCGCCAGCUGCUGGAGGACGAGAUGGCGCCGGAGGUCCUCCCGGUGUUCGCCGCCGCCGCCGGCGCCAGCCUCGCCGUCACAGCGGGGCGAAACGGCUACGCCUCCGUCGGGAGCCUCGACGGGGGCCGCGCGGUGUGCCCGAGGAGCGGCGGCUGCGCCGGCGGCCCGGGGAGGCCCUACACCCGGCCGUGCACGUACAUGAACAUGUGCCGGCGGCCGUGAUGACCAAGGUCGCGUUCUUUCUCUGUAUUAUUUUUAGUUUUCGCUCGGUUUCUUACGAAUAAUUUUCUUUAAGAAAGUUCACCGUCUUAAAUUUUCAAUUUUGGAACACCUCUGUCCUAAAAAAAAUAGUGCACACCCUAGAUAACACUGCGCUAGACUCCGGAGCCCGUCCAAAUUAGUA